CAAUCAACAUCGAUCUUACGUAGUCAUGAACACGUCAGAUAGAGCCUGGUGGUCAGGAAAAGGAGGAGAGCACUGUCUUCAGUACACAAAACUUCUAAUAAAUCGAACAUAAUGGCUCAGCAACGUUUUUCAAACAGAUGUCCUGCUGUGAAGAGGCUAAUGAAAGAAGCACAGGAGUUACGAGAACCGACAGAACAAUACUGUGCAUUUCCAUUGGAGGAUAAUCUAUUUGAGUGGCACUUUACCCUUCGAGGACCUUCAGGCAGCGAGUAUGAGGGCGGUGUUUAUCAUGGCAGGAUAACUUUUCCUCCUGAGUAUCCUAUGAAACCUCCAAGUAUUAUGCUUUUAACUCCAACUGGUAGAUUCAAGGUGGCAAUGAACAUCUGCUUGUCAAUAUCAGGACAUCAUCCAGAAACAUGGCAGCCAUCUUGGAGUAUACGAACCGUCCUCCUGGCUAUCAUGGGAUUCAUGCCAACCCAUGGUGGAGGGGCCAUUGGAUCACUUGAUUACACCCCUGAAGAAAGAAAGGUUCUAGCUAAAAAAUCCAUGGAUUGGCAGUGUCCAGUUUGCAAAGUGAAGAACAAAGAUAUUUUACCUCUAGAAACCUCUAAAGAAAAGUCAGAAGAAACGAAAAAGGAAGCUGCUAUACUUGUUGCCAAAGUUCAACUCAAGAAACAAAAAGAUGAAGAGGAAAGCAGACUUAAAUCUGUAGCACAAACAGUAGGAGCAGAACAUCCGGCUUUGGUAAAUGGCAAUCCUGGAGUUAUUUCGGCUGCUGCAUCAAACAAUGCUGCAACUUCACCAACAUCAUCUUCUACUACAUCCUCUAUACCAUCAUCAUCAUCUACAACUACGCCAAUAUCUAGUACAUCUCCCCUACCAACAAGUCAAUCAUCAUCCCUGCCAUCAUCCCAGUCGUCUUUCCCAUCUGUAAACCCACCAGUAAUUCACCGUAGGCCAGUGGCGGCCUCCACCCAGCCUGGGGCAGCAGCUCCAGCAGCCAGAGCGACUCAAGCCCCCGCAAGGCCGCAGCAGCAAGGCUCUAACAGAGUUUUUUCCUUCAUUCUGAUGGUAGUAAUCAGUCUUGCAAUAGUCCUACUUAUAAUGAGGAGACUCUACAUUACAUACGAGUAUAAAUUUGAUACGGAAUUAUGAAGACGUCACUAUCGUUGAAAUUUAUUUUAAUGGUAUAAUAGACCUAUGGUUUAUAGAGAAUAUUUUUAAAACAUUUAAUAUCAAUUUCAUGACCAACCAUUUAAAUAUAUAACCUAUUGAUUUUAUAGUAUAACAAUAUAAAUAAACAGUAAUGUUAAAGUUGUGGAUAUUAACAAGGUUGAACAUUGUGUAUUGGAUUAGAACGGAUUCCAUCAUUGUAAAAUAUACCAAGGAAUCAGACAGUAAACCAGGAGACAUUUACCUAGUCUUUGCCAAUGAGUUCUGUAAUGUUUACAUGCUAUCGACCAUUUUGCAUGAGACAAGCAGCUUAAAUGUCUCAUCUGAAAGACAGUGUGCUAUUGAAACUUGCAUUUUCUUUGAGCUGAGACAAAAGAGGAGCAUAGAGAAUUGAAGUUGGGGACCAAUAUGUAAGGAUCUCCUUAUUCCAUUAUGAUUAUAAAUGCAAUGAAAAGGGUAACAUUAGGGAAUACAGAGUGACCACUGACCAUGUAAUAACAUAACGUAAAGUUCUUAUAUCGCAUGUUUAGAGGUAUUAUAUUUUUUCUGGUUUCAACAUUUAAUAUUAAGUAGUUAUCAAUACCAAAAACAAAACACUUCAGAAAUGAAUUGAUUUUAUUGUUUAGUAUCUUUAGAUAAAGAUAUAGACAGUGAUAUUGCCUUUAUCAUAAUUAAUAAUUUUGAACGGUUCUUUUAGCAGAAUAAUAUUAGGUGAUACUGUGUUACAUUCCAUACUUCUAUUUUGCCAAUUACUGAAUGUGAUGGUGCAGAAUGGGUUGUAUUUGUAAAGGGUAUAUUAGCAUGUGAAACAGGUUCUAUCAAUGUUUGAAUGGGGGUGAAGAUUUGUAUGUUUAUGUAGGUGGGAAAUGUAUAUGUGGUGUUUGAUAGGCAUGUGCAGGUCCAAGAUGUUUGUACCAGUGCUUGGGUGGGGUGGAGGAAUCAAGUCAAUCAGCUUAGGACCUAUGUUCCAAGGGGAAAGCGUUGGGGUGUUUCCUUACCUGUUGUGUAAGAGAAGCGCCUAUAUCUUAGCCAGUUUAAAUCUGUUGUCAGAUGAUUUCAUACUCUCACCGGAGAAGCGAGCACUCUUUUAACACCCCUAGGCCUUCCACUAACGUGAAUGUUUUAAUGGGUGUGUAUAAGCAUGUGCACAUUUGAGUAAAGUGAGGAAAGUAUAGGUUGUACUUGUUAGCAGGGUGGAUUUCUGGAGUACAUACAGAUGGUUGUGCAUUAAUGAUAUAAGUUAAUUAUAAUAAUUAUUUUCUUUUAUCAUGAUCUUCCAGUUUGUUACAGGUCUUUAUUACUUACUAUGCAUCACUAGUUUUAUUUAACAUUUGUCUGAGGUUAGGUUAGGUGGUUCUUGUAACAAGAAGCCUUAUAGUGUUAAACUUAUCUUUAUGGUAAAUGUAUCUGUAAGAAGCCUUUAAUAUCUUUAUGCCAGAUUUCGACAGAGCUGAGGUUUACAAACUCUAGCUAUUUGUAGAACUUUUAUAGUAGUGCGUUGUAUACUUAAAAUCUCAUUUAGUAUUGAUGCUCCUAGAUAGUUUUAGAGUAUUAGAUCUAGAAUUUUGAGGGAAUAGGGAUCCCAUUCAGACAGACUAAACACAAUUCCUGAUGGGCACUAGGCAGGAGUUUUUAAUACCUUGUUUCGCGAACUUAUUUUUUUAAAGAUUGUCAGAGGAGGGCAGAAAAAAAAUUAAAACAAAAUGUUGUUAUCUCAUUUAGCAAAUAGUUUCGCCAAAAACAUCCAGAUGU